UUCCAACUUCUUAGACGGUCAACUGCUCGAAACAAUAAUUGCAAUAUCAUGACAUUUUCAAGCUUUCUUUAAAUCCAAUCACCCUUUUGAUUCCUGAUAGCAAUCAGAGCAUGGAUUUCAAGAACAGGAAGUGCUAUAAAGAAGAAGAUGAGACCACAAAUAGUUUAAGUUGUUUGCCAAAUGAAAUCGCCCUUGACAUACUGUCUAGAUUGCCUAUCAAAUCUGUUAUCCAAUCCAGGUUUGCUUGUCGAUCAUGGAACCUGUUGUCUUGUGAUCCACUUCUCGUUCAUAUGCACAUGUCCAUGACAAUGAUUUAUCAAAGGGUAUGCCUCAUUUUCCAUUCUAAAUAUCCGCUUCGAAACCAGCUUCAUUUUCUUGAGUUUUUGGAUGACGACGACAAUCAAAUAGUGAGAAAAUUUGAUACUCCCUUUUCUGAUUUCACGCCAGAAUUUAGUGUGAUUGGCUCAGUCAAUGGCCUUUUAUGCUUAAUUGAUUCAUCAUUAGCUGAUUCCGUAUACAUAUACAAUCCGUUUACAAGGGACUAUAAAGUGAUACCAAAGUCUAUUAAAAUCCAAGAUCAGAUUGUCAUGUUUGGAUUUGGGUUCCAUCCAAUUACUAAAGAGUACAAAGUGAUCAAGAUAGUUUACUAUCCGAAUGCCAACAAUCUUAAAAUUGCUAGGAAAUGCAACGGAUUAAUGACAUCACUUAGAUCAGAUGUUCAGAUUUAUAAUUUGGGUACCAAUGAAUGGAGCAGCAUAGGGGAAACACCUUACAGACUAGAGAAAAGGUCUUCACCAGGAGUUUUGGUAAGUGGGAGACUUCACUGGAUGAGUCAACUGGCCAAGUACACUUCACGGCCUGGUCGGAUCAUCGUAUCCUUUGACCUUUCUAAUGAUUCAUUUCGAGAGAUCCCAAACCCAGACUCUGGUGCCUUAAAAUGGACGAGCAGUCAUCUUGCUGUUUUGGGGGGUUUCCUCUCUGCUGCCACGCAUUUGGGUAAUGGGGCUCUGGAUAUUUGGGUGAUGAAAGAAUAUGGUGUACCAGAGUCUUGGGUGAAGAUGUUUACUCUUGGAGCCUACUCUCCAAGGAUUAUUGGUCCUGAAUUGCAGAAUGGGGGAGUGAGUUUGCAUAACUUUUUGGGUGGGAAUUCAGUCCGGAUUCUAUGCGUUAUGAAGACAGGUGAAAUCUUGGUGGAGUACAAAGGAGGAACUUUGGUUUGCUAUAAUCCAGAUACUGGAGAGUUUAAGAAUCUUACAUUUCAAGGGAUGCCAAGCAAUUUUCAAACAAUAGUUCAUGUUGGUAGCCUUAAUCCAGUUGUUCCAUUCUAGACAAUGCAUAAGAACUUGUAACAUUUUGUUGAUAUUUAGAAUGUUUUGAUUCCCUGCUGAAACAAUUCCAUUAUUCUAUUUCUCAUGUGCACUGUUGGUUUUGGGAAAACUAUAGUACUUGAAACAAGCAUUAUGGCCAAUGAUUUUCACCUUCAGUAACAUGCGUAUUCAGCCUCCUUCCUCUUCCAUGCACCUGAAAAGGCAGCAGAUUUUCCCUCAUAGAAGCUCCGAUGCCAAGACGUAACAGAAUUUCAGCAUACCUCGCACUCAAUAAUUAUAAGUGGAUGAGUCAUAACAAAAUUUCAUCAUACCACUCUUCAGCAGAAAUGCCAAUAAGAACCUUUUUGAUGGAUUUCAUCAUCUCAGUGGUUCCAAAAUGUGGGAUUUUUCUUCCUUUUGAAGAGGUUUUAUCAAUGAUUUCUCUCGAAAAUCUACGAAUUUGCAAGAAAAAAAACUUAAUGCCAAGUUUUGCAGGAUCAGUGAAGCUCAAUCUAUUCAGAGUAUGAGACCCUAACCCACACCUUGGCUUUAAACCUAUUUUUUAUACCCUUAGACCUCUGUCUCGUUGAGUUUUUUUCUCUCUGCUUGUAUCAAUCCAUGUGUACUUUAUAGCUUAUACUGUCUGUUUAUCUUUCUUGGAAGUCAUAUCCUUUGAUAGAAACUUAAUAAUUUUUAUUUUCCCAUCCGUGAAUAGAAUUGGUGUUGUGCUAGCUGUA